UAACGGUAAAUUACUGUGUGCAGGGGGUUUAAUUACCCCACCACUCUCAUGCCGGCCGCGCCACGAGCCGCGCCACGACUUGGAGCGCGUUCCUCACGCGUCCAAAAGCUGAGCUCAUUGGCAUGUCGAGUCCGCCAGAACUCCCAAAACCUCUCGACCUCUAACACUGCCCAAGCGAAAUUCAUCUCUGCAACCAAACUGCGGUGAAGAAAUCGGUUUGAAGAUGGGUAUCAAACAGCUAUUUUCCAUCAUCAAGGACGAGGCUCCAGAUGCAGUCAAGGAAGGCGAAAUAAAAAACCAGUUUGGCCGGAAAGUUGCUAUUGACGCGUCAAUGAGCAUAUACAGCUUCCUGAUCGCGGUUCGAUCCGAUGGCCAGCAGCUAACAAACGAGAGCGGCGAAACGACGUCUCAUUUGAUGGGAAUGUUCUAUCGCACACUGCGUAUCGUCGAGAAUGGUAUCAAGCCACUCUACGUCUUCGACGGCGCUCCGCCCAAGCUGAAGUCGGGCGAACUGGCAAAACGGUUCCAGAGAAAGCAGGAGGCGAACGAGGGGCUCGAGGAAGCCAAAGAGACCGGUACCGCCGAGGAGGUCGAGAAGUUCUCGCGUAGAACUGUUCGUGUCACCAGGGAACACAACGCAGAGUGCCAACGACUUCUCAAGCUCAUGGGCAUCCCUUACAUUAUCGCGCCGACCGAAGCUGAGGCACAGUGUGCGGUUCUCGCACGGGCCGGAAAGGUAUACGCAGCGGCAAGCGAGGACAUGGACACUCUCUGCUUCAACACGCCUAUCCUUUUGCGCCACCUGACCUUCAGCGAGCAGCGAAAGGAGCCCAUCCAGGAGAUCCACCUAGACAAAGUUCUGGAGGGCUUGAACAUGCAGAGAGACCAGUUUGUCGAUCUCUGCAUUCUCCUAGGAUGCGACUACCUAGAUCCAAUCCCAAAGGUUGGUCCAACCACGGCGCUAAAGCUUAUUCGCGACCAUGGGACACUGGAGAAGGUAGUCGAAUUCAUGAAGAAUGAUCCGAAAUCCAAGUACACGAUUCCGGAAGACUGGCCAUUCGAGGACGCUCGUGAGCUUUUCUUCUCGCCCGAAGUCCGACAGGCCGACGAUCCGCUGUGCGAUUUCAAGUGGGAGAAGCCAGAUAUGGACGGGCUUGUGCAAUUUCUAGUUCACGAGAAAGGUUUCUCGGAGGACCGGGUGCGAGCCGGCGGGGCGCGAUUGGAAAAGAAUAUGAAGAGCUCCCAACAGUCCAGAAUCGAAGGCUUCUUCAAGGCAAUCCCCAAGACAGAGGAGGAGAAGAAGUCGCACAAGCGGAAGCUCGAGGAGCAAAAUGAGGCCAAAAAGAAGAAGCUUAAGGAGGAUAAGAAAGAGAAGGCGAAGGCGAAGGCGAAACCCCGUGGCACAGCCUAACUGGACGGCGCCUCACUCAGCCGUUGAAAUUCGGGCUUGGAGCUAGGUAGUUAGGCCGCUGCCUAGACGUGUAUGGACUACGGAUGGGUACGGAUACAUGUGAUAAUUUCGGCACGGGGAGUAUUGGAUGGAUCGGUAAUAUUGCUACGAUAGCUCUGUCGGGAUAGCACUAUACGUAUUAACAUUGAUCAUUUUGGUA